AUGGUGUGUGCUGCUGUAUUCUUGUGUCCAGCUGCAGCUUCUAAUCAUCCUCCAUGUGUCCAUACAGAUUAUGGUAUCUACAGAAAUGUUAAAAAGGUGUGCACUAAUGUGGAAUGUUUUCAUCAACGUGGAGAUAACAAGAGCAGAAGAAUAUCACAGCUGGAGAGUUUUGUGCAGGAUGAGUGUAAGUCUGGAAGGAUUAAGAAACUUGAUGAUGGUUUGAGAUACUUUGAUCAAUUGAUUUUGGAAAGGCCAUUACCUUAUAAUGAUACAUUUAAUCAUGUAUUGGGUUCAUUAACGAAGAUCAAGUGCUAUUCAGAUGUCAUUAUGUUGUAUAAGAAGAUGAGUUUGGUUGGGAUACAACCCAGUAUUUAUACAUUGAGCAUUUUGAUUAAUGUUUGCUGUAAACUUGGAAAAGUGGAUCAUGGGUUUUGUUUGCUUGGAGAGAUCAUAAAGACUAAUGUUGUCACUUUCAAUACAUUGAUCAAAGGGUUGUGCCUUCAAGGAAACAAUGAAUAUGCAUUCAAAGUGUUUGCUAAAAUGACUCAGACAAAUAUUCAACCUGAUGCCUUCACAUGUAAUACUCUUAUACAUGGGCUUUGUACAACUGGUGAAGUGGGUCUUGCUCUUCAGUUAAAAAACAACAUGUCGAAAUGGAAUUGCAGACCAACUGUUGUUUCAUAUUCUGCGAUAAUUGAUGCACUUUGUAAAGGAGGUUUAGUUGAUGAAGCUUUGGUUCUUUUCUCUGAAAUGCUCAGAGAUUUGAAUGUUGUUCCUGAUGUUGUUGUGUACACUUCUUUGAUAGAUGGACUAUGCAAUUCAGGCCGGUUAAAUGAGGCAAAGAGACUCUUUGACGACAUGGUUAGUAGAGGAAUCUCUGCAAAUGUAACGACAUAUACUUGUAUGAUUCAUGGUCAUUGCUUACAUGGUCAGCAGGAAGAAGCAAGGAGAUAUUUCGAUGAAUUGAUUGAUCGAGGGAUUUUACCCAAUACAGUAACCUUUAGCAUAUUGAUAGAUUCACUUUGUAAAGAUGGGAACACGGAAAAUGCUUUGGAGUUGUUUAUAUUAAUGGACAGGAUAAAUAUUAAACCAGAUCAGAUUACUUACAAUUCAAUAAUAGACGGUCUGUGUUUGGUAGGUCGGUUACAAGAUGCUGUGGAACUGUUUGACUCCAUGGUGGAUAGGGGUGUCAAUCCGAGUGUUAUCAGUUGCAGUAUAUUAAUUGAUGGGUACUGCAAGAAUUGUAAGUUGGAUGAAGCUUUGCAGCUAUUCAAGAAAAUGAAACAAAAUGGAUUGAAACCCACCAAAGUUACUUAUAACAUACUAUUAAGGGGACUAUACAAGGAUGGAAGAAUGAAGACUGCUCAGAGGUUCCUCAAUGAGAUGCAAUCUUUUGGUUUAUCUCCAAAUCAAGUUACAUACAGUACAACUUUGAAUGGUCUCUGCAAGAAUGGGAAAAUAGUGGAGGCAAUAGAAUUGUUUGAAUCCUUGGAGGGUACUGGUAUUUUAGCUAAUGUUGAAAUGUACACUAUCCUUAUUUAUGGUUUGUGUCGGGCUGGGCGGUUGGAAGAUGCAAGAAAACUGUUUAAUGAGAUUCCAGAAAAAGGAUUAGUUCCUGAUGUAGCAACAUAUACCACAAUGAUUGCUGGACUCUUUAAUCACAGGAUGUCCUUGGAGGCUGACAAACUAAUUAACCAAAUGGAAGAGAAAGGUUAUUUACCUGAUUCUAGAACAUAUGAUACCAUCAUCAAGGGUUUUCUAGAAGUAAAGGAGUGGGAGAAGGCAUUACAAUUUCUUUGUAAGAUGCGCGAAAGAGAAUUUGUACCCAGUGAUUCUGUUGUAUCCUUGUUAAUGAACACACUCUCAGCAGGUGAACUAAAAAAUCUUUUGCUGUUUUUGUGAGACCUUGUAAUAAUUGUUUAGGGUUACAGAGGAAAAAUGAAAAACUUGAGGAGCAUUUG